AUGGAUAUUUCUCUUAAUGUCGAUGAUCAUCUCCACUGCCGUUUUUGCUUCCGUAUGAGAUGUCAUUAUGAUAAGUGCCAACUCAAACCGUGCCCAGAAUGCAGUGUUCCUCUACAUGGGUGCAAGCUUGAAGAUCAUCUUUUAAUAUGUUUGAUGGUAUGGUUAUGCAGAUUUAAUUUUGCUUUUCAAAAAUUUUUUAAAUUACAACAUUUAGAAUCUGUAUGUCCUUCUUUCAACUUGUUGUUGGAAACUAAUUUGCAGACUAAAACGGCUUGUCCUAAUGCUUUGUAUGGAUGCCAGAAAUUUGUUCGAAGGAACCAAAUAGCCGCCCAUUUAAUAAACUGUCCAGCUUCAGUUGUUUUUUGUGCGUUGCAGUGGAAUCGAAGAGUGUUGAGUCCUUAUGCUAAGCGUAAAAUGAAAAGGAUAGCAAAAAAUUUAGAAGUCCAUAAACAAACGGUAGAUAUCGACCCAGCGGAGUUAGAUGUCUGUACUGCUAUAGCCGAUCAGAAGAGCGUUUUCGAAUCGUAUCGUUGUUUGCGUGCACAUCGUAAACGACUCACCGAUUUUCAAAAUCCCUGUCAUCCAUUACUUCCUUUAAGGAUCCCCUUGGAGCAGCAAACCACGUUUGAAGACAUUGACAGCAGCGAUGAAGAAAACAGGAAAAAAGAAGAACAGUUAAGGAAGAAACGAUCACCGUUUGAGAAUUGUUACUUGUGUAAGAUUGACCCCACCAGCCAACAUUUGCACAAACUUGGCAAUCUUGUCGAAAUUCAAGACAAUGUUAUUGUACAAGCGCCUCUGCCAAAGGUUUCCCCGAUCCCAGUAUUUUAUGAAGAUAGGAAUCUUUAUCUACAUAUCGCAAAAGAGUGUUUGAAUCCAUUCGUUUCCAAAACUGAUGACAUUUUCCUAGCUCAUAAAGGGAUAUCGGUAUACACGUUCUUCUGUAAUAACAGUUUCCGGCGCGAUGAAUAUUCACAGCAUUACGACACUAUGCACAUAAACUGUGAGGAUUUCAUUGGAAGGUGUCCAAAUUAUGCAGAUGGUUGUUCUUUUUACUACCAGAAAAAGAAGCCAAUUUGGGGUUCUCUUCGAUACUGCGAUUAUUUAAACUGCAUUGUUCAUUGUCCACCUGAAGUAUACCGAUCAGACGCAGAUUUAAAUACUGGUGACAAUGACCAAGCCCUUUCUCUGUGCGACUUACCUUUACUUGUUCUUGACGUCAUCCUAAGUUAUUUGGAUACUUGUUCAUUACGGUGUCUUUCUGCAACCAACAAAUAUCUCCGAUACCUUUGCUUCACAAAAUAUUCUCGAUCUGCAAUGGUUAAUAUAAAGUGGGAAAGGUUGAGUGGUGGUGGCUGGUACGAAAGCUGUUACGUAUGGAUUUCACAAUAUCAAAUUCGUUCUUUACUUCCUUUACAAUUUGCAUUCAUCAUCUCUAACACCUUAAUGUAA